AAACAAUCUCUCUCUCUCUCUCUAUGUUUUUUUGUUCUUGAAGAAAUGGAUAGAGAUCUCGCUCUCGCCAACCACCGAAAACCUUCGUACUUCACCGGUGGAUGCUUGAGUUCCCCGUCUUCUUGUCUCUCAUUGAUCCACAGAGGAACAGAGUACGCUCGAAUCAGUAACCACAACAAGAACACAAGAUCAAGUCCGAGAUUGAGGAAUUUGCUGAGAAAGUUACUCUUGGUUACAAGUUGCCGUAACACGAAACCCAAGACGUUAAUCAAGUUUCACUACGAUGUUGUCAGUUAUUCGCAGAACUUCGACGAUGGUUUGUAUUUUCGCGAUGAUGAUCGCAGGGCUUUUAGAGAUCUUCGACUACAGAGUCCGGAUCACUGAUCUUUUGUCAAUUUUAGUUUGGAACAUAAUAUUUCAUAUGUACCCUCAACUUCUGUUAAUUACAUAUAUGUACCCUCGAGUUUUGUUUUUGUUUGUCACUAAUGGUCCCUGCCGUUUCAUUAUUUACAUAUACUUUUGUUUAUUGAGUAUAUACCCGAUAGUUUUGUUCAUUACAUGUGAACCCACCAAUUUUGUAUUUUGUUUAUUACAUAUAAGCCCGAUAGUUAUUCUUUUACCAGUUUUGUGGGUUUGUUUCUAACAU